CGUCGUCCUCCCUCGUCCUCCCUCGUCCUCUCUCCUCCUCCUCGACUUCCCACGGUCACCUCCCUGCAAAGGUCAACGUUCACCCGCGCAUUGACCAUUCAUCCACAGACAGCCAUGCUCUCACGCCAGCUCAAGCCAGCGUCCACACGACUUGUCAGGCUCGCAGCCACACGUCCUGUCAGCGUGUGGAGCACAGUGCCUCAGGGGCCGCCGGAUCCCAUUCUGGGAGUGACCGAGGCAUUCAAGGCAGACACCAACCCUCGCAAAAUCAACCUCGGGGUUGGCGCAUACCGGGACGAGAACGGCAAGCCCUACAUCCUCCCCUCUGUUCAGGAAGCCGAGAACCGCCUCCACGGCCAGGUCGACAAAGAGUACCUUCCCAUUACCGGUCUCCCGAGUUUCACCUCCGCUGCUGCGAAGCUCGCAUAUGGCGCGGACUGUGCACCCCUGAAGGAAGGUUCUAUCGCGGUGACACAGAGCAUCUCCGGCACGGGCGCCCUCAGGAUCGGCGGUGCAUUCCUCUCCCGCUUCUAUCCCACGAGCAAGGUCGUCUACCUCCCCUCUCCCUCAUGGGGAAACCACACGCCCAUCUUCCGCGACUCCGCCUUGGAGGUCAAGACCUACCGGUACUUUGACAAGUCCACGGUUGGACUCGACUGGGCCGGUAUGAUUCAGGACAUUAAGGAGAUGCCGACGGGAGCUAUCGUUCUCCUCCAUGCGUGCGCGCAUAACCCCACUGGUGUGGACCCGACCAAGGAGCAGUGGGAAGAGCUCUCAGGGUUGAUCAAGGAGAAAGGGCUCUUCCCCUUCUUCGACAUGGCCUACCAGGGCUUCGCAAGCGGAGACAUCGCGGGUGAUGCCUUCGCCCCGAGGCACUUCGUCAGCCAAGGGCACCAGAUCGCGCUGUGCCAGUCGUUUGCUAAGAACAUGGGUCUAUACGGCGAGCGUGUCGGUCUUUUCUCCCUUGUUACGGCUUCGCCAGAAGAGAAGGCGCGCGUCGAGUCUCAGCUCAAGAUCCUAGUCCGCCCUAUGUACUCCAACCCCCCCGUGCACGGUGCGCGGUUGGCAGGUACGAUCCUUAACGACCCGGCACUGUACGCGCAGUGGGAAGGCGAAGUGAAAGGCAUGGCUUCCCGCAUCAUCUCCAUGCGCGAAGCGCUUUACACCCUCCUGACGAACACCUACCACACCCCUGGUAACUGGUCGCACAUCACCUCCCAAAUCGGUAUGUUCUCCUUCACCGGGCUCACCCAGGCCCAGACCGAGGUGCUCGCUUCCAAGCGCAGCGUGUACAUGACCAAGGAUGGAAGGAUUUCUAUGGCUGGCCUGAACGGCGGAAACGUGGAGUACUUCGCCAAGAGUGUGGACGGCGCGGUCAAGGGCACGCUCUAAGCGUGCACGCGCUGAAUGUGAGACUCGAUCGUUCAUAUCUUAGACGUAGAUGUUAGAUGUUAGAUGCUUGCCCCACUCCGCUAGACCAUAGAUGUAGAUGUUCGCGCGAUAGAGUUUUGUAUAUAUAUGUUUGC